AAAAAACAAAAUACGUAUGUGUUCUCGAUCGGAAAUCGAACUCGCAUACACAAUACUUAAAAACUAUAUGCAGAGCUAUCCUAAUGCAGGCACCAUUUAACUGUAAACAUCUAAAGCACGAGCAAUUGCUGUCGUCUUCAUCCUCGAGACUUUCGUCGCGGCAAAACAAACGCGCGCUAGCUGCACGCUUGUAUGCAAGGCAAAACUUCACAUGCAUACACAUACCUAUAAAGGCGAUCAUGUAGAUACAUAGACGCAUACAUACAAACGAAAGCACAGCAAAGCGCUCGUGCUCAUUCUAUCUGUAACUGAACUGAGUGGGUGAUGUACGCUGCGCGCUACGUUCGAAUUUCGAAAUAAGCCGAAGAGACUGUGGGCCCCAGAUUGGUUAGUGGCUACAAGUAUUCACCCAUUCACGAUAUACUAAAUAUAAAGAAUAAAUCCGACAAACACUUAGACGAGGCAAGAUUUAAUCUAGCAACACAUAUUAUGUCAAAUGGUGUGGAAUUGAUAAUAGCCAGCCAGACAGACAAAAUUAAGCAAAUUGGUAAUAAACUUAGCCAUCUCAAUCAAAGGUUAACCAACAUCAUAUCGUUCUCAAGAAAACACUCAGAAUUUAAGAAAAAGCCAGUGACCUUUGCGCCGAGCACUCUCAUCAACCAAAUGAUAUUGGCUUUGCCAAGCAGCAGCAAGCAGGAAGAUUUUACAAUAACACAUUCAAACCCAAAGCAAAUUAUAACAAAGAGCUGUCUAACAACAUACACAUUUUAUACAACAUACCUUCAUAAUGGUAACACCACAGUUAGAAGUACGGAAAAGGUUAUAUCUAAUCGCCACACGGAGAAGCUUGAUUACAUGCCUUCUCUUUUGAACACACCCGAGCUUGUGGUUGGCAUAUUUCCAACCACGUAUCAUUACUACAACAUAAUCAGCAACACCAGCAAUGAUACCGAUAUUGUCUAUACAUCUAGUUAUACAGUGAUAAAUACAGUUACUGGACCUGAGGAUUACAUAUCAUACUUGCAGUCAUCGGAGGAAGCGACACCCUUACAGGACACAAACACAUACUACAGUCGAGUAACUCUAAGAAACUCCAUGCAGGAUCAUAAACUGAUCUUGACCGAUGAGAAUAUUUUAACCCAGGUGAUAAUCACUGAAUCAAUCCCACCUCGAGGAGAAACAAAUAUUGUUAUUUAUGCGACAAAUACAUUUUUAACAACCGUCACGGAUUUGGUGCCAGGAUCGGAUACAGAUCCGGCUUCAGGCGCCAAUCCGAUUCUUCAAUCCCAAUACAAUAAUGGGGUCAAGACAAUAAAUAACAAAUUUAAACCAUCCAUAGAAACAGUAAUAACAAAUGUUUUGUCAACCACAAGUCACAACUCGUUUUUGGUUUCGGGGCUUGGAUGUGUUAAUAACAAAAAAAAGGAAAAAGUUGAAAAAAUUAUAUGUUCAUCACUAGAAAAACAGUCGUUUCAAAAAGAUAGUUCGUUGAUUGAAUCUAUGAUAUAUCCAAAUGACACUAAAAAUAAUACAACAAAGUUAAUUGUUCGAACUAGACCCAAUUUACACAAUAAAUUUGCGGAAUACGUAUAUAACGCAACAGAUUCAAAUAUUAAAGAUGAGGAAACUACGAACAAUUAUAAUUAUACUCGAACAAGACCUUUACAAGAUGUACAAUCAUCUUCAAGCAUUGAUGAAUUAAUUGGUUCAUUGAACUUGCAACGAAUACGGCCCGUUUUAAAUGUAAUGGCCGACUUACUGCAUAAGAAUAUUAUAAGCAGACACAUAGAUCAACCAAUGUUGGCUCCAAGCUCAAGCUCCAGCAGUCAAAAGAAAAAGAAUCAAGCAACUGCAACAAGGAAUGUUCCCAUGCAAAAUGUAACAAGGAAUAUUGAAAUGCAGCCAAUUUACAUCCCUGUCCAGAUGGCAGAUGAACUGCAUUACAAUCGAAACACUGAAGAAAAUACAAAUAAAUCUGCUUCCCACUCUGAUAGCUUAAUGGAAGCAAGUCUACACACUAAAAUACCAGAAGUAGUUUUCAGUAAUAACUGGCUGAAUACUCCUACCAAACACAACGAUUUUGCGAUUUUCGAGUAUCGCAAGCAUUACGAUAAUAUGAUUCAUGAAUAUCGUAACCUUAGUCAAUAUAUUCAAUCACCAGCAACACCUGGCAAUCAGCAUCAACAAUCUAUAUUAGACAACGGUAUUGCCAUUAGACCUGGCGAAAUUAUAAAUGCAAAUGCCGAUGUUAUUAUUGGUAAGCCAAAUGGCAUUGAUGCAUCUUUUAUUGGCUAUCGUUCAAGCAUUGACAUGGCUGAGCGCAAUAUUGGUAUGCAAACAUCUUCAAAAAUGAAAGCCUGGGCGCCGUCUACAAUUCCGAUUUCACCUCCACGCAUUAUAGAGAAUAGAGCUGCACCACGCAUUGUCGGUUACACCGCAUAUAACAUAAUUCAUGUCAAUAGUCGUCCCACACGAAUUUCGAGUUCAUAUCCCAAGUACAUCACACCAUCGUCAUAUUUACUGCAAUCAUUUCCAGGAGGACUCGAACCAUCUACAACAUAUCUUAGUCUCAAUAAGCACAAUAAUAUUUACGGCUCGGAGCAUCAAAUUAGCAAUAUUAACUCGCAACUGUAUAACAAUGAAAUUGUAGAAAUCAUGCAAGUACCUCAAAUAUUCAGUACUAGAUAUCCGGCAACUAUCAGAUAUCCAUUAUCAUUUGGAAGCCAACCAUUCCGGUCUAAGUACAUGCCUAAAUCGUCAAGGGUGAUACAUCCAUCCAUUGUACCUGCCUUUUCCGCUCAUCAACUCAUCAGUUUUCAGUCAAAUGUUUUGAGCCAUAAUAUUAACAUGAACGUAUCGCCUUUAACUUUUAAUAAAGAUCAUUUGAACGAUUACCCAGUAAUUACUGAUGUUAAAGGAGGCCAACGCUUUAGCGCUUUACCGCAAAUGUCCUUGAUUCAGAUACCCCCUCACAAAUCUCGCGUCGAUGUGCAACUAACUCCACAACGUACUCAAUUAUAUCAAGAAGCUCUUGAGUUUUACAAAACUAUUCAGCCCACAACGUUCAAGCAACGUACUCAAUAUAUAUCUCAAGUUUUCAAUAAUAUCAUUGAUAGAAAUUUAAUCAGUUUCAAUGUGAACAAAAUUAACAAUACAUUAAAUUCAUCAAGAGUAGAAAAAACCCAAUCUGUUGCAAAUAAGCAAAGCAAAAACGUUAUCAAUUGGAUAGAUUCAAAUUCCAUAGCGACCAAUAAACAAUUUGUAUAUGUAAUACCAAAAAAUCGAACGAUUACAAUAAACAAACAUCCAAAUAUGUCAAAAUGGAAUAGUAGUAGUAUUUCAGAUUCUAAUCAACUACUAUCUGCAAAAAAAAAUGAAAAUAUUUUAGGUUCGUCUAUAGAUCCAUUGGAAUUUUCAACUGCAAAAGAUUUAGGAUUUUCCAUUUAUCAUCUAAAAAACAAAAACACACCAUCUAUGAAAAAUAUUUCAAACAUUUUGUAUUUGGCGACUGGCGAUGGCUUUCAUAACAACCAAUCAUUUACGUCCGAUAUAAUUUCGUCUUUUGCUCCUGCUACUCGAACUGCAGCAAUGCAAAGUAUUUGGGGUUACCAAUCGCAUAUUGCAAAUUCUUCAAUUCUGCCAUCACCAUUAACACUUCAACUUACUAGCUUAAUAAUGAUUCCAUCUAAAAUAAAAAAUCAACUCAAUUCUAAUCUGAAUAUUCGUCCAGAGAAUACAUUGUUUAGGAAAAAUUCUUUACGAUUUGAAAAGAAACAUUAUGGAUCUACGACCAGCUUAGAUAUCUGGCCAAAUAGUACACAGAAUAUACGAAUGAGCGAACCUAUAACAAAAUCGAGCGUUGAACAAUCAUUAUCUAUUUACAAGAAACCCAUUAAAGGACAAACAAAACACAAAACCUUUCUAACAAUCACUGAAUUUAAAAAAACUAUUAAAGAAAUUCCAAUAUUAUUGACUUGGAGUACAACAACGGGUACAACCACCGAUAUGAUUUCCAAUAAAAUCACACCGACGUCUUCCUAUAAUGUGUUGGCCAUUGAAAAUAGAAAUACAAGUAGAUCAAUAAGGCAAUCAAAAACCAAGGCAUCUGUGUCCAUUGAACCAUUUUUAUCGUCCACGAAAUCGAGGAUUAACAUUAAUGAUUAUAUAGAUAUUAAUUCUAACUCAAUUUCUAUAAAUCACAGUGGUAAUAUUAGUAAUCACUCAGAUAUCUUUUUGGAAUCGUCAGAGGUAAUGUUGUUUACAGGAAUAAAAAAGAACUAUGUCGCAGAUCGACUUAACACAUACUAUUCAGAAAAGAAAGUCUAUCGAAAUAAGUCAUCAGCUAGUGUAAGAGAAUCUACGACGACUACCAUAAAACAAUUGUCCAUAUUUCGAACUGCUGAACUAAACUUUCCAUUGAACACAGAUAAUACUCAUGAUAAUGGAAUUGUAAAGCCAUCGACAUUACCACUGGAAUCCUCCUUUAUUCCCAAUUCAAUCACUCGCAAUAAGGAAUACAUUUAUUCAAAGAACACAUCGCAUUCCAGUUCUAUGAAUUAUGAUAAAACUUCAAUGGAAUCGCCAGCUAAAAAUACCCAUGAAAAUGUUUUAAAAAACGUAUUGGCCAAGACAUCUUUGAUGAAUAUGGAAAAUAUCGGAUCUUCCAAUCGUCCGAACACCUUAGUUACUACAGACUAUCCAAAUAAAGUCAAUGACGUCGAUAUUAAUGAAGAUUCAAAUACAUUCUUCGAGGAAGAGACUGAAUCACACAUUCAUUUAAAUAAUAUAUUGUUAGGCGGUGUCCUUAUAGCCAUGCCGUCUAAAUUUUCAAAGGAGUCAAAUUUAAAAACCUUAAAUAAAUGCAAUCCAUCUUGCAAGUCAUCUAAGAACGAAAUAUGUUCAGCAAUAUCGGGCCAUGGAAAUCGCUGCGAAUGUCGACUUGGGUUUGUCCGAAUUUUUCCAGAUCGACCAUGCAAGCCCACAUACACUCAUGAAUUGCAUAUACCGACAAACAGAAUUGGAAGUUAUAUACUUAAUUUCAACCAGGAAUUUUUAAACGCAUCAUCAAAUCAAUUUCGAUAUUUAAGCUCGAUAAUACUCGAUGCUAUUGAUCGCAUGAUAAUGCAGUCUGAUUUGCGAGAUGAAUAUUAUGGCGUCCGUUUGAAAAAAUUCUCUGCCUCAACUAAUGAUGGUAUUAUAGCACAACUUUUAUUGCAGUUGUCUGAAAAAAGAGACGAAAAACAUAUUGAAGCAGUUUUAAAAAAAAACUUGCGUCUGAGUAACUAUAGUAUAGGUGGAACGGAUUUGCAUAUGCCCAAGGACAGUAUAAAUUCCCUCACUAUACAAGAUUUCAACGAGUGUAAACAUAAAACUUUCAAUGAUUGUUCAAUGAAUGCAACGUGCUUUAAUUUGGUGGGCAGUUAUACUUGUGUCUGCCGCGAUGGUUAUGCCGAUGAAUCGGAAAACACAAACUAUCCUGGACGCAAAUGUUCUGACAAAGUGAUUGGGUGUAAUAAGUGUAAUUAUCAUGGAAUUUGCAUAACACCAAACUUAAGUGAAAUUUCCAUUUGUGAAUGUUUUGGCUGGUAUACGGGCUCGACGUGUCAAUUAAAUUUAAAAAUACUGUUAAUCUCCCUUAUUGUCAUGAUUACAGUGAUUGUUGUCUUAAUAGCUUGCUUGCUUUUCAAUUAUGCGAAAAGAAAAGUGCCUAAUAGGGGUAACCUUAAGACUCCAUCUGAUUAUAAUCAUCCGUACAUAAUGACAUCGUCUCGUAAACUACAAUCAGAUGCCUUACCAUGGAAGCAACGCAGUAACGAGAGGCAGGCAAUUCUCAUUGACUCAAAUAGUGAAUGCAGCCACUAUUCCGAAUCAUCACAUACAAAAAACCAAAAAAAUAUCGCCAAACGACAAAGAAGGAGUCCCAUCGUCGGCAAUAACCACAAUAUUGAUUUACAUGGUUCUCAAAUAGAUGAUACAAAAGCAUCACAAAGAAAUUAUUCUCAAACGGUUAUGAUUCCAAGGGCAAAGUAUUCUCAUCCCAACGCCUUGCCACAUACACAUUUAAUGCAACAAUCGGCAGUAGCAGAGGUUGAAAAAACAUCUCUAAGGAGCAGUAAUAAAAACGUCAUUGAACUGUCUCUCGAUAAUGGUGCCUUAGUGUCUGCUGGUUUUGAGGUUUCGGCGAUUGUAAGCGACCAAGGCGUUGACUCAAACAGACUGGCACAUCAAUUCACUGAGAAUGAAUACGAAAAGACACCAUCGCAUCUUUCAAAAGUACAGAAAACUUCGGAGCAUAUUGCAAAGCCAAGCGUGGCAACAAUUGAUUGCUCUUCAGGACAGAUUCAAACGAUGGAUACUUGGAUGAAUAACAUUCACACCCAUGUCUUUGAUUUGGCGGAAUAUGAAAAAUCAGCAAUUAAGUAUACGACGGAUGUAACAGAGAAGCCGCCAUUCAAUUACUCACAUAUUAUUGGGAUGGCUAUGCUUGACUAUGGACGAGCCACUCUGCAGCAAAUAUGCGCAUGGAUUGAAUCAAAGUUUGCCUUCUUCCGCGUGCGUAAAAAGUGGAAUAAUUCCAUAAGGCAUAACUUAUCAUUACAUCACUGUUUUCGAAAUCGAAAGCGCGAGGAGAAAGGCAAAGGCGGAUACUGGGAGUUAGGCGUAGAUCCAAAAAAAUGUGAUAGGAAACGCAUUCGAAAUCGUAAACCAGGACAAUCCAAACCGAUGUCAUCUUUACAAUUAGCUAAAAAUAAUAGUCCUCAGAAAACUCAGACUAACGUCAAGUGUACUAAAAAAGGAGGGGAAUCUAUUCAAAUGUGCCUUCCAAAUGAAACGCAGCAUGCGCAAUCAUAUAGUUAUAUCGCUGCUGAUAACAUUAAAGAAUUAAAUUUAGUGGACAAACAAGCAACUGUUUCAGACGGCUCAAAUGCUCUUGAACUAUCAUUUCCAUUUACUGCCCGUCAGAAUAUUUAUAGACCUCUAUGCUCUAACGAAUCUCCCAUGUCGAUUAAUGCCGAUGAGCUACAAGAUCAAUAUGAGCGCGGAACCAUUAUAAUUCGAAGAUCUGGCGACACUUUAUGUCUAAAUGACAUUUUUAUCAACAAAUUCAAUAACAUAAAUAUGAUUUAUUCUCAAGAUGAGAUUCCAACGCUCAGUGAAAAUGUUAUUAUAUCAUCACAAAUGUCAGCUGUACUGGAUGUAAACAAAGAUUCGACGAUAACUCCUGCGAUUUCUCUCCCCGAGAUUUCUAAUGUACUGCCCACUAAUUGUGAUUAUUCAAGCUUUCGGUCUUAUAUAAAUGGCGAGGAUGACUCUUUUAAUUAUAUUCAUUCCACUGAGCUGAAUCGCAACGAGGAUAUCUUAAGUAAUUUGCUUGACUUGUGUGUUCGCGACUUUUGAUGUGGUAGUCAUAAAUGUAAACUUUACUAUUAUAUACUUAAAUUAAAGUCUGGAUGAUAUUUUAGACCGCUUUACAUGUAAACUGUAUAUGUUAAUCAAAAUACGAGAAUAAAUCAUUUCUAACUUCGACAGAUGAGACACCAUUUAAUUCAUGUUCAAUU